CUGCUGAGAGCGGCGCGGAGGGCGGCGGUGGCGGCCAUGGGAGCCGAGCAGAGUGCAGAGGCCGAGGGACGCCCCGGCGAGCCAGGUGCCACAGCAUCUCCCUCACCAGCCAAGCAACGAGCAAAAAUGGAUGACAUUGUGGUAGUAGCCCCAGGAACACAAUCAUCCCGUAAUGUGAGCAAUGAUCCAGAUGUCAUAAAACUGCAGGAGAUCCCAACUUUCCAGCCUCUUUUGAAAGGACUUCUCAGUGGGCAGACCUCUCCGACCAGUGCCAAACUGGAGAAGCUGGACCCUCAACAGGUGCUGCAGCUCUGUCUCCGGUACCAAGACCAUCUUCACCAGUGUGCAGAAGCAGUUGCCUUUGACCAGAACGCAUUAGUGAAGCGCAUUAAGGAGAUGGAUCUCUCUGUGGAAACUCUGUAUAGCUUCAUGCAAGAGCGCCAGAAGAGGUAUGCCAAGUAUGCAGAGCAGAUCCAGAAGGUCAAUGAGAUGUCUGCCAUCCUGCGCCGCAUCCAGAUGGGCAUUGACCAGACCAUCCCCCUUAUGGAAAGGCUGAACAGCAUGCUACCAGAGAGCGAGCGGCUGGAGCCCUUCAGCAUGAAACCUGAGCGGGAUCUGAAGGCUUAGCUGAGCCAGCAGACUCCCCUUCCUCACCAUCCGUGCUCAAGCACUCGGCACAGACGUGCUUCUAGCACACUUGCCAGGCAGAUGUUUGGCAUAGACAGCCAUGCUGCCUGACUCCUCGCCAGAGCAUUGGAGGAAAAGUGGUGUCAGCUGCCAGAGCCACACAGCCAGGAAUCCAGGAGCUCCCUUGUCCCAUCACUUGGAGGAAGAAACCUACCACUCUUUUGUCUCCCUCCUCAUGCCCUGCUGUCUCCUUUACCACCACCACUGCCUGUGCUGAAACAGUUGUUUCAUUCCUCAAACUAGAUCAAGUUUUCCAGAGGAAAGGUUUUUCAUCUGAUUUUUGACUAGAAAAAUUCAAAGGGAUUAUGGGUAUGACAUGGCCUCUCACAUGCUUUCUGUGCCGCUGAGGUUUAGGCAAUUAGAUGGCUGGCAGAUAUUUCUGAGAUCUCCUGGCCUUAGAAAUAUGUAUGUUUUGUAGGUGGAAGUGUGGGAGCCAGGAACUGGCUUAUUAGAAUCUGUCUAUUAUCAUAAUUAACAUGGUUUGCAUGGCAGGGUUUUGGCAUCCCCUUCCUUGACACUCUUGUGUUUAUGGGCUCACUAAUUUAUGAGGCUGUAAAUGAAUAACUGUUCCAGAUACGUAUGUCUGUUGCUGUUAAGCAGGCCUUGGAGCUUCUCUCUCCCCUGGCCUGGAGAUGGCCCUGACCCUGAUGGCAGCCAUGCCCCUUGCCUGACAGCAAUUUGCACAAGCCCCAGCGCCUGCCUGUUCACUUUGCCUCCCAAAAGUGGAUGUGAGGUGUCUUUUUUCAGGAUGCUCCAGUUAGCUUAGUGCUGUCUUUUAUGCUAGAGGGAUGCAGUUGUUUCCUUAACUCCCUGUGUAUAGAGUUGGAAACUUGAAGUUCUUUGGACUGGGUGCAUUGGUCUAGCUGCCGUCAUGCUGAGAGCUUGCUUGAACACUGUUUGAUGACCACAACCAUUUGGGAUCGUGCUCAGCAAAUUGCUCCAAAGACAACAGGACGUUUUUGCGUUAUCGCAAGCUGAGGGCCCUGCUGGAAGACAGGCAGCCCAUUCACAUAUCCAGGGCCUUGGCAAACUGUUACAUUGCCGAGUUUGCUACUGCUGUGCUAGCCACAGGCAGUUUGCAGCACCUCCCUAAGCCUCAGUUUCUCCCUGUGUAGAAUAAGGGAUAUCUUGUCCACUGUUGUGAAAUAUUUACAUUUAGAAAUAGUGUGUUCAGCGGCCUAUGUUGACAUUAUGUGCCAGCUCUUGUCCAUGGCAGAGGGAAGCUAAAAAUGAGGAGCCCUGGGCUCGCAGGGUCAAGCAGAGGCUCGCAUUUGUGUUGUUAAUCCUAGGAUGCUGCUGAA